AUGCUUGAACAUGAGGGUUGCAUCAUCGUACGGAAGCCUCGGCACAACAUCGUACGAAUAAACAAAUCGAUAAUAAGCGAUGCUAUGUUUUUCCAUCAAACUCUCCAUAUACUGUUUGAACUUCUCGUCCCCAACCCUCGGCUGACCGAACGUGUAUACGGCUUCCAGCCUGUCCAGCAGCGACGACUCGCCGUGCAAGCCCAGCACAGCCGGAAAAAGAACCGCCAGGGCGCCGCCGAGGCUGUGGCCGGUGAGGAUAAAUUUGGAAUUUGGGUUUUGUUCGAGUUUUUCACGGAGGAGCUUGCGGAUGGCGUAGUAUGCGGUGGGGGGCUUGUGGGGGUCCUGUUCGCGGGGCCAGCCCUGGCUCUUCUGGAGGCCGAGGGAUUUGAGGAAGCCGCCGUGGAUUUUGCCGGCGGUGGGGAGGUCGUACCAGGAGAUGUCGGCGUCUGUGGACCACGCGUCGGAGUCGAAGGGUUCGGUUCCGCGGAAGGAGACAAUGACGACGUCGUUUUUGUCCUGGAGGGCGAAUGCCUGUGUCGUGGCUUUCUCCUGGAAAUAAGAUCCUCACCAUUCCAGAAAUCGAAGGAUCCCAAACUGAAUGUAUCGGUGGUUCUCGUAAGAGGCCUUGGCAGCCAUUACAGAAAGCGCUGCAUAGUAUCUGCAGUCCACGUGGCUUAUGGUGGGGUCCAGCUCUCGUCUUUUAUCAAUGCAGCCAAUGAACGACAAGAAAUUCGCCGAUGUUCUGUCCGGAUACACCACCUUCCCUGCAUGCACACCAGUAAUUAA